UUGUCAGGUUUCAUUUGGGCUUAAAUGUUUUCGUUUUUUGAUUUGGGUCAGUGACUGAUUCUCUUGUCUAAGGAUCUGAUAGAAUGAAGUUUGGGUUCGUUUUCGUUUUGUUAUUCUGUUCAAUUUGAAAUGGAACGAUUGUUCUGGUUGAUUGUUCUGUGCACUUGGUAGAGAUUUUGGGAGAUAGGUUUUGACAUCCGAAGUUGAAAGGUGCUGUUUCGCCUGGAAUUUUUGGAUCUUUUGGAGUGAAGAUAUUGAAUUCUGUUCUGCAUUUAGAGUGCAUAAGGGAGUUUUGUUGUGUACUUUGUGAAUUAGACCAUCGCCAUGGAUGGGAUUGGGGAAUCUUCUCAAUCUGGGUCUGGAAUUGUUGAUUCUAAAUCUUUGGGAAGUGGGGUUGUUCGUGAAGACAAUAGGGUUGCUGAACAAGUGUCGCCCCUGGGAGGUGGGGGGAGGAAUACUAGUCCAUUGGGUAGGGCAGGAUCCAGAAAUACUAGUCCUUCGAGGCAGAAGGUUAUAAAGACCAAACCUCGUGGUCUAGAUGAAGAAACAGUUACAACAUUUAGUAAAGCAUCCCAUCCAGAUGUUCAAAUGGAAGAUGGUAUAUGGGCGAUGCUGCCUGAAGAUUUGUUAAACGAGAUCUUAGCUAGAGUUCCUCCAUUUUUAAUCUUUAGGCUUCUUUCUGUUUGUAAAAAGUGGAAUUCUAUACUUCAAGACACUAGUUUUCUUAAAUUUCAUGCACAAGUGCCUUCACAUGGGCCUUGUCUUCUCACAUUUUGGAAGAAUUCUCAAACCCCCCAAUGCUCAGUCUUCAGCUUGCCAUUAAAAACAUGGUAUAAGAUUCCAUUCACAUUUUUGCCUCCUUGGGCAUUCUGGUUGGUUGGUUCAUCUGGCGGUCUUGUUUGCUUUUCUGGGCUUGAUGGACUAACUUUCAAAACCUUGGUAUGCAAUCCCCUCACACAAAAGUGGAGGGCCUUGCCAAGUAUGCACCAUAAUCAGCAGAGGCAGCUGAUUUUGGUUGUUGAUCGGACUGAUCGGUCAUUUAAAGUCGUAGCGACUAGUGAUAUUUAUGGUGACAAGUCCCUGCCCACUGAAGUUUAUGACUCAAAGCUGAACCGUUGGUCACUUCAUCAAACUAUGCCUGCUGUAAAUCUCUGCUCCUCGAAGAUGGCAUAUUGUGAUUCCAAAUUAUACUUGGAAGCUCUUUCUCCGCUUGGUUUAAUGAUGUAUCGGCUGGAUACAGGCUAUUGGGAACAUAUUCCUGCUAGGUUCCCUCGUUCUUUAUUGGAUGGGUAUUUGGUUGCUGGUACACAGAAGCGCCUAUUUCUUGUUGGAAGGAUUGGUCUUUAUAGCACUCUUCAAAGCAUGAGAAUUUGGGAACUAGAUCAUGCAAAAAUUAUGUGGGUGGAGAUUAGUAGAAUGCCACCUAAAUAUUUUCGUAUUUUGUUGAGGUUAUCGGCAGAGAGAUUUGAGUGCUUUGGACAGGAUAAUCUGAUCUGCUUUACAUCUUGGAACCAAGGAAAGAGUCUUCUUUAUGACGUCGAUAAGAAAGUAUGGUCUUGGAUUGCUGGCUGUGCUUUGCAGUCAUGUAACAGCCAGGUCUGCUUUUAUGAACCAAGAUUUGAUGCUUCUGUAUUCUGAGCUGACUUCUUUUUUUUUCCUUGAUGAUUCUUUAUUACAUCCAUUCUUAUCUGAGGCACAAUUUUUCAUGACUUCUUCAUGUACACAUCCUUGUAUAUGGUUUCCUCACUUUGUGAUUACUGGCCGAUCAUCUAAGUUUCUUCUGCUGUUUGCUGGAUUAAUUCCAUUCCAUGGUCAUAAUUCUAGGAGGCCAAUUUUGUUUGCAAGGUUUAGCAGUAGUAAGAAUAGUUUCAACCAAGACUUUCCUUGCAUGGGUUUAAUGACGUGCUAGCUUGAGCAUGGGAUGAACUGCAUUCAAGAAAAUUAUAUGUGGUUGGUAUUUGGGAAGAAUGGAAGCCAAGCUUGUAUUUUCAGAUGUGUUGGUUUAGGUUCAGUUCGAGUUAUCUCUAUGGAAAUUAGCUCCAUUGCUCUUGCAGUUCAAUCUGAGAUAUUAUUGUGAGCUGCUGACUUCAAAGUUCAACUAUGACGAUCAAGAAUGUCAAUGCCAAAUUUCAGGAACUUGCAGUGCUGGGUUUGGUUCUUGGUCACUAGCUGCUCAAGUUAAACGUAGUGCUUCAAGAGGUUCUUAACAAUCUGAGCUUUCAGGCGAACUUCUAUGGUUGGAGUUGAAAACCGAAAUUGUUGUUUUGAUCAUUGCAUAUAUAUAGGCUUCAGAAAUUUUCUCAAAUGUAAAAUGAUUGAUUUGUACGAUCUGUUCAGGACGUUAUAAAAAGGACAAUUUCUUCAA